AUGGCGAAAUCGAGCGCCGACGACGAAGAGCUUCGCCGCGCGUGCGAGGCGGCGAUCGAGGGCACGAAGCAGAAGAUCGUGAUGUCGAUCAGGGUGGCCAAGAGCCGCGGGAUGUGGGGCAAAUCCGGCAAAUUGGGCCGCGGGGGCAUGGCGAAGCCUCGUGUUCUCGCGAUUUCAACAAAGGCGAAAGUAAAACGGACUAAAGCUUUUCUCCGUGUCUUUAAAUAUUCCAAUGGAGGUGUUCUCGAGCCUGCAAAAUUAUACAAGCUGAAGCAUCUUUCGAAAGUGGAAGUUGUGACAAAUGAUCCCAGUGGGUGUACUUUUAUGCUGGGUUUUGAUAACCUUAGAAAUCAUACCGUCGCCCCACCACAGUGGACGAUGCGAAAUGUUGAUGACAGGAACCGUCUUCUGCUUUGCAUGUUAAAUAUCUGCAGGGAUGUUUUGGGCCAUCUGCCUAAAGUUGUUGGGAUUGAUGUCGUGGAGAUGGCUCUUUGGGCUAAGGAAAAUACACAAGCAAUAACUAAGCGACAAGGAGACUUUCAAGAUGGUCCUGAGUUAUAUGCUGUUACAGAAGGUGACAUGCAAGUGACGGUGGAAAAGGAACUCGUGUCUCAGGCGGAGGAAGAGGACAUGGAGGCUCUUUUAGGCACUUAUGUGAUGGGUAUUGGUGAAGCAGAAGCAUUUUCUGAAAGGUUGAAGAGAGAGCUUCAAGCAUUAGAAGCUGCAAAUGUCCAUGCGAUAUUGGAGAAUGAGCCUCUGAUAUCUGAGGUGUUGCAGGGGCUGGAGGUAGCUAGUAAUUGUGUUGAGGACAUGGAUGAAUGGUUAAGCAUUUUCAAUGUGAAAUUACGGCACAUGAGAGAGGACAUAGAAUCGAUUGAAGCAGGGAAUAACAAGCUGGAAAUGCAGUCAGUAAACAACAAAUCAUUAAUUGAGGAGCUUGAAAAGCUUCUGGAACGUUUGCGGAUACCGUCAGAGUAUGUGUCCUGUCUGACUGCGGGAUCAUUUGACGAGUCUGACAUGCAUCAGAAUAUAGAUUCAUGUGAGUGGCUAGCCAGUGCAUUACAAGAUCUCCAAGUGCCCAACUUGGAUCGUACCUAUGCAAAAAUGAGAUCAGUUAGAGAAAAGCGUGCAGAACUUGAUAUGUUGAAAAACACCUUUGUUAAAAGAGCAAUAGAGUUCCUGAGGAAUUAUUUUGCGAGUUUGGUGGAUUUCAUGAUAAGUGAUAAGAGCUAUUUCUCUCAGCGUGGACAACUGAAGAAGCCUGAUCAUGCUGAUCUGCGGUACAAGUGCAGGACAUAUAUCCGCCUUUUGCAACACUUGAAGAAUCUUGAUAAGAAUUGCUUGGGCUCUUUGAGGAAAGCUUACUGCAGCUCUCUGAAUUUGCUUAUUCGUCGGGAGGCUCGUGAGUUUGCAAAUGAGCUUCGUGCUAACACAAAAACACCAAAGACUCCAAGUGUAUGGCUUGAGAGUUUCACAAGCGCUAAUCAAAGUGCAAAUAAUGUUGAUACUUCUAAUGUUUCUGAUGCAUAUGCCAAGAUGCUCACAAUUUUCGUUCCAGUUCUUGUGGAUGAGAGUUCUUUCUUUGCACACUUCAUGUGCUUUGAAGUUCCAAAUCUUGUUCCACCAGGAGACCCUGGCAAUGGCAGUGGACCCAGUGGUGGAGAGGAUGAUGAUUUGGGUAUCAUGGACAUUGAUGAUAGCGAGAAAGCUGGUAAAAAAUCUAUGGAUCUGGAGGCGUUAAAUGAGUCACUUCGUGAUUUGCUUGAUGGGAUACAGGAAGAUUUCUAUGUAGUUAUGGACUGGGCGUAUAAGAUUGAUCCUCUGCGUUGCAUAUCAAUGCAUGGAAUCACGGAACGUUAUAUUUCUGGUCAGAAAGCUGAUGCAGCAGGCUUUGUGCGUAUUUUACUUGAUGACCUGGAAAACAGAAUCUCUAUGCAGUUUAGUCGUUUUGUUGACGAAGCUUGCCACCAGAUUGAAAGGAGCGACCGAAAUGUUCGGCAGAUGGGAGUCUUACCAUAUAUACCCAGAUUCGCCACUCUUGCAACCCGUAUGGAGCAGUACAUUCAGGGACAGUCAAGGGAUUUGGUUGAUCAGGCUUAUACAAAAUUGGUAACGAUAAUGUUUGUGACCCUUGAUAAAGUUUCUCAAGCAGACAUCACAAAAUAUGCAGACAUAUUCCUCCUAGAAAAUUAUGCAGCAUUUCAAAACAGUCUGUACGACCUAGCUAAUGUUGUGCCUACUUUAGCAAAAUUUUAUCACCAAGCAAGUGAAGCUUAUGAGCAAGCUUGUAUGCGCUUUAUAAGCACAAUCAUAUACGGCCAAUUUGAACGACUUUUCCAGUUUGCUCGCAGAAUAGAGGAUUUGAUGUUUGCAACUGCACCAGAAGAGAUCCCAUUCCAGAUCGGUUUGUCCAAAGCAGAUCUCAGGAAGGUUGUAAAGUCGAGUUUAUCCGGGGUUGACAAGUCUAUAACCGCAAUGUAUAAGAAAUUGCAAAAGAAUCUGACCUCCGAGGAACUGUUGCCUUCGUUGUGGGACAAGUGCAAGGCGGAGUUCCUCAACAAGUAUGAUAGCUUUGCUCAACUAGCUGCUAAAGUCUAUCCGUCUGAGAAAAUCCCAUCUGUCUCGGAAAUGAGAGAUCUAUUGGCAUCCAUGUAG